AGCGAUUGAUUCCAGCGUAAGAAAGCGUAACGGAGUCGCCACGCUUCACUAUAAAUGAUACGCGAGCCACAAAGGCGAGUCCCUCGAUCUCGAUCCCUCGAACGCUGCUAUGGAAGGAGCAGGCGAGGGGAGCGCGAAGGAUAGGCUGGUGGUGGUCGGCGGUGGCAUAGCCGGCGCGCUUCUCGCCAAGUCCAUGCAAUCCAUCGCCGAUGUAGUUCUGAUUGACUCGAAGGAUUAUUUUGAGAUCCCAUGGGCAGAAUUGAGAUCCAUGGUCGAGCCUUCUUUGACAAGAAGAUCACUGAUUUCACACACUGAUUAUACUAGGGCAAGGGUUAUAGUAUCUUCGGCAACACAUAUCACUGAAAAUCAGGUGUUUACAGCAGAUGGUGGUUCCUUUACAUUUGAUUAUCUUGUAGUAGCUACUGGUCAUGCAUAUUCAACUCCCAGAGGCAGAGAUGAUAGGAUAAAAGAAUUUCAACUAGACAACGAGAAGAUAAAAUCAUCUGAAUCUGUUUUAAUCAUCGGAGGCGGUCCAACUGGAGUCGAACUUGCUGGAGAGAUUGCAGUAGACUAUCCCGAGAAGAAGGUAACUCUUGUUCAUAAAGGAUCAAGGCUGAUGGAGUUCAUAGGGAGCAAAGCUUCCAAAAAGGCAUUAGAUUGGCUGACAUUAAAGAAAGUUGAAGUUCUUUUAGAACAGUCAGUUGACUUGAAUGCCAUUUCAGAAGCAGAUGGAGUGUACACAACAUCAUCCGGAGAAAAGAUCACAGCUGACUGCCAUUUUGUUUGUAUUGGAAAGCCACUGGGAUCAUCAUGGCUUCACGAAUCCAUCCUCAAGGAUAGUUUGGACAAGAAAGGAAGGUUGAUGGUUGAUGAAUAUCUCAGGGUGAAAGGCCAAAGAAACAUCUUCGCAGUAGGAGACAUAACUGAUGUCCCUGAAAUCAAGCAAGGGUAUCUUGCACAGAGACACGCGGAAGUGGUGGCCAACAACUUAAAGCUGUUGAUGAAGGGAGGAGCCACCGAGAAGAAGUUGGCCAAGUACAAAGCUGCUUAUUCCAUGGCAUUGGUUUCUCUGGGUCGUAAAGAAGCUGUGGCACAGUUUCCAUUUAUCACCAUUAGUGGCUGCUUCCCUGGGCUUAUCAAGUCCAGGGACUUAUUUGUUGGUAAGACCAGAAAAUCUCUAGGACUCACCUCUUGAGCCAAACACUAACAUCAUCCUUGAAAUAUAUUGUGAUUUGCUCGUGCUAUUGUGCUUAAUUUUCUCACAUAAUUGACACUAUCUUUAUCUUGUAUAUCCAUGUAUCAGUGGUUUAUUUUGGUUGUGUAAAAUCGCCUUAGCAUUGA